AUGCAGCUGUUCAGCCUCCUCCUGCUAGUGGCAGGUGUCACAGCAUCACCCUUCAAGGGCGUUGUUACUACCAAGUUUGCGCAAGGACGAGCUGCCACCGUCAGUGAAGCCGACCUUUCCAACCUCAAGUUCUUCGCCCAGUAUGCCGGAGCCGCCUACUGCAACAUGGACUCCCCGGACGGGUCGAUCGUGACCUGCUCGGACAACGUCUGCCCCCAGCCCACGGCUAACAAGGCCGUCAUCGUGGCCACCGUCAACGGCAACACAGACAACAACAUCGACGGCUUCGUCGCCGUCGACCCGGCCCGCUCCCUGGUCGUCGUCUCCUACCGCGGCUCCUCCUCCAUCCGCAACUGGAUCACGAACCUCCAGUUCGCGCUGACGGACUGCCCCUUCGUCCGCGGCUGCCAGUUCCACUUCGGCUUCGCCGACGCCUGGCGCACCUCCGGGCCCGGCAUCACCGCCGCCGUGCGGGCCGCCCUGCAGGCCAACCCGUCCUACAAGCUCGUCGUGACGGGCCACUCCCUCGGCGGCGCCGUCGCCACCAUCGCCGCCGCCAGCCUCCGCGCCGCCGGCCUGCCCUGCGACCUGUACACCUACGGCAGCCCGCGCGUCGGCAACGCCGCCUUUGCGCAGUUCGUCACCGACCAGGCCGGCGCCGAGUUCCGCGUCACGCACACCGACGACCCCGUCCCGCGCCUGCCGCCCAUCCUCUUCGGCUACCGCCACGUGAGCCCGGAGUACUGGAUCUACGCCGGCUCCGGCGGCGCCGGCGCGUCCGCCGCCGACAUCAAGGUCUGCGCCGGCACGGCCAACACGGACUGCAACGCCGGCACGUCCGGGCUCGACGCCGCCGCCCACGGGCAGUACUUUGGCCCCAUCGCCGGCUGCAGCGCCGGCGGCGUCGUCUGGCGCCGCUCCGGCGCCAGGGACCUCACCGACGAGGAGCUCGAGGCGCAGCUCAACGAGUGGGCCGAGAAGGACCGCCAGAUCGUGCAGGCCGGCGCUGCGUAG